UGGCAGUAUAUGCAUGCUUUCAGCAAUUACUAGAGAAUGAUACAUAUAAUACAUUUUUUAAUUGCUAUUUGGUGUGCUUGCUCUACAGAGUAAAACUCUCAGUUUCACUUUCUGGGUUUCCCAGGAAAAACAUCAGGUUUUGAGUUCCUGAUCUGUUCAAUUUCUUAUAACUUGUGGAAAUCAGUUUCUGGGUUUUCACUUUUCAGAUUCACUGGAAGACCCAACUGGGUGUUCUUUCUCAACAUUAAAAAAAGCAUCUUUUAGAGCUCAAAUUGCAGUUUCUAGCGUUUCUAACCAUUGGGGCUGCUAUCUAUUUUCUUUGAGUACCAGCUUCUGAAGAAUAAAGGUUUUGAUUCCUAAAAAAAUAGGUGAUUUCUAGUUUGAAUGGUAAAGUUGGAAUCUUUAAGUUCAAAGUUGUGGAUGGGUCUAUAGAACCUGAGAAUCAGAGUUCCAAGCUUUGGUUGGUGAGUCAUUGUUGAAAGAGAAAUGAUAUCCCAAAUACAAGAAAGUGGGUCUCUCUGAGUUUUACAGGUAAGUUUUUGAGUGUGAUCAUGGAGAAACAGAGCAGCUUUAAGGGAGCUACAAUGGAGAAACAAAGCAGUUUUAAGGGAGCUACUAUGGAGAAACAACAGAGUUUUAAAGGGGUCAUGGAAAAACAACAGAGUUUUAAAGGGGUUAUGGAAAAACAGCAGAGUUUCAGAGGGGUUAUGGAGAAACAGAAGAGUUUUAGAGGAUUUAUGGAGAAGCAGAAGAGCUUUCGGAUAGUGAUGGAAAAGCAGCUGAGUUUCAUGGGUGGUGAGAGGAAGAGAGGCAAGGAUUCCCCAGGGAAAAGAGGUGACUUGCCCUUUCAUUUGGCUGCUAGGGCAGGGAACUUGAGUAGAGUUAGAGAGUUUCUUCAGAAUUGUGAUCCUAAUGAGGCAAAGGAAUUGUUGGGAAAGCAGAACCAGGAGGGGGAGACACCCCUUUAUGCUGCUGCAGAGAAUGGAUAUGCUUCGGUUGUGGGGGAGAUGUUGAAAUAUUCGGACUUGCAAACUGCAUAUAUCCCUGCUAGGAACGGCUUUGAUCCAUUACAUAUUGCAGCAAAGCAGGGUCAUCUUGAGGUGUUGAAGGAACUUUUGCAUGUAUUCCCCAACUUGGCCAUGACUACAGAUCUAACCAAUUCAACUGCCUUACACACAGCUGCUACUCAGGGGCACAUUGACAUAGUUAACCUUCUUUUAGAAACAGACUCCAACCUUGUUAAGAUAGCCAAGAAUAAUGGUAAGACUGUUCUUCAUUCAGCAGCCAGGAUGGGGCACUUGGAGGUUGUGAAGUCCCUACUUAACAAAGACCCAAGCACUGUUUUUAGGACUGAUAAAAAAGGACAGGCUGCAUUGCACAUGGCUGUGAAAGGGCACAACGAGGAGAUUCUGCAGGAGUUGAUAAAACCUGACCUGUCGGUUUUGAGUUUGGAGGAUAAUAAGGGAAAUACAGCAUUGCAUGUGGCCACGAAGAAGGGCCGCAUUGAGAAUGUACGUUGUUUGUUAUCAGUUGAGGGUAUUAACAUCAAUGCAAUGAACAAGGCUGGAGAGACCCCCCUCGACAUUGCAGAAAAAUAUGGAACUCCUGAACUUGUCUCCGUUUUAAGGGAAGCAGGGGCCGCCAAUUCUAAAGACCUAGGAAAACCUCCAAGUGCAGCAAAGCAACUUAAGCAGACCGUCAGUGACAUAAAACAUGAUGUCCAGUCACAACUCCAACAGACCCGUCAAACUGGCGCAAGGGUCCAGAAAAUUGCAAAGAGGCUAAAGAAGCUUCAUAUUAGUGGCCUCAACAAUGCUAUAAACUCUGCAACUGUUGUUGCUGUUCUCAUUGCUACUGUUGCUUUUGCAGCCAUUUUCACUGUACCUGGCCAGUAUGUUCAGGAAAAACAAGAUGGAACUUCACUUGGACAGGCCCAUAUAGCUCAAAAAGCUUCUUUCCUAAUUUUCUUUGUGUUUGAUAGCCUGGCAUUGUUCAUUUCCCUAGCUGUUGUUGUCGUCCAAACAUCUGUGGUUGUAAUAGAACCGAAGGCGAAGAGGCAGCUUGUGUUUGUGAUUAACAAGCUUAUGUGGCUAGCUUGUCUCUUCAUUUCUGCUGCCUUCAUUUCUCUGACAUAUUUGGUGGUAGGCUCGAAUGCCCAGUGGCUUGCUGUGUGUACUACAGUAUUAGGUGCUACAAUCAUGCUCACUACUAUUGGUUCCAUGUGUUAUUGUGUCAUUAUACAUAGAAUGGAGGAUAAACAAUUGAGGAGCCUAAGGAAAGCUGAGAGUCAACCUCGUUCUUUCACCAAUUCUAUGGCAUCAGAGCCUGAGAUUUUGAACCAUGAAUAUAAGAGAAUGUAUGCACUCUGAGUUGAGGUUUUGGCAUCAGCAACCAAGAAAAGAAGGCAUUAAGGUUGUUCAAGUCAUCUUUUCUUGCUUUGCACCUUCACAAGAAACCUUCAUUUAAAGGGGUACCACGAUUUCCUUCCCCUGCUGGGUCGUCUUUGGUAUUGACAUUGCCAUAAAUCUAGAUAAGUUUUCAAAUUUUAUCCUAGAGACCAGUGUAGAAUUUGUUAGAAGCUCAGGAGCAGGAUAAGGUGCCAACUAUUGAUGUCUAUGCAAAUAUAUGCUUGAGUUUAUAUAUAAUCCUACUAUGUGCAAAUGCUGUAGUGGCUUAUGAUGUUUAUAAUCUGUUCGGAAUUGCUUUUCUCUAAGGUGUUUCUAUUCUCUUCCAAA